CCCCCUCCAAAGCGCAGCUGCUGCAAGCCGCAGGAGUUGACGGACUCCUCGGAGGGAGAGAGAAGCGAGCAGGAGGCAGCGAGGAGGCGCGCACUGCUUUUACGCACGCCUUCCUCACCCCCCCCCCCACGCCCGCACUCUCCAGCCCCCUCUUCGGAGCACCAGGGACCAGAUCCAGGCAGGGACAGUGCGCCGUGUGUGUGUGUGUGUGUUGCGGAAGGAGGUUCCCCCCGCCCGGUUGCUUUGAAGAUCGCGUCUUGGGGGUCGGAUCGCGGCGCCCCCGCCCCCUCCAGCAAACCCCACCUCUUGGAGCAGGGCAGGAGAGAGCGGAAAGUGUGUGUGGAGUGGAGCGGCAAGAGCGUCCGAGGCGCAGAUCGGAGGGAGAAGGGGGCGAAGGUCCCUGGAGAGCUGGAAGGGGAGGGGGCGAGAGGACCCCCCCCCGCCCCGCCCCGCCCGCGCGCACCGCUCGGGACAUGUGGAGACGCGAGAGGGGCACCGAUCGCCGCGGGGUUUGAUCAGCCACUUCGCCCAGAAGGGUUAGGGGAGAGCGCCCCUUGCCUGCUGCGCGGAGGAGGACUCCUUUCGGAGGGCUCGGCAAACUUGAGCUCUCUCCUGCGGCGGCGGGUUGGCCGGCCGGUGAUGGGGUCUGCCGAGGCGAGGGGGUCCCUCUCCCCACCGCGCCGCUGCCUUGUCUGUGGAAACUGACCAGGAUGGACUCGACGAACAGGAAGCUCUCCGCUGGGUCGGUGCAAAGUUUGUAGCCGGACUCAAAGGAGGGGGCUGUUGGAGGCGAGCUGCGUUUGGUUCCGGGUGGGGGGAGGCGAUGGUUAGGCUGCCUCUGCCCCCCCAGAGUGGCUCGGGCUUCUCCGCGUCUGGGGGGGCGCUCCUGGUGGAAGUUGGGGGCUAUGGGGGUUGAGAACGGGGCUUUGGGUCAGCGGAUCUGAACCCCCCACCCAGUCACCCCUCUCCUGGCCUCUCCUGCCGGGUGCCUCCCUAUCUUGGUGACAUUAUUCUCGAAGGCUGGGAGCACCCUGGUGCUUACCAGCAUGGGGGCGGCCCGGCGGAACUCCAGACGGACCUUGGGGAUCCUCCUCCAUCUGGCGUGCUCCUGCUUUGGCAUCAGCUCCAUCGACAUCGACCGGCCGGGGGACGGGAGGUGCCAGCCCAUCGAGAUCCCCAUGUGCAAGGACAUCGGCUACAACAUGACGCGGAUGCCCAACCUGAUGGGCCACGAGGACCAGCGGGAGGCGGCCAUCCAGCUGCACGAGUUUGCCCCCUUGGUGGAGUACGGCUGCCACAGCCACCUGAAGUUCUUCCUGUGCUCCCUCUACGCCCCCAUGUGCACCGAGCAGGUCUCCACCCCCAUCCCAGCCUGCCGGGUCAUGUGCGAACAGGCGCGGCUCAAGUGCUCGCCCAUCAUGGAGCAGUUCACCUUCAAGUGGCCCGACUCCUUGGACUGCAGCAAGCUGCCCAACAAGAACGACCCCAACUACCUGUGUAUGGAGGCCCCCAACAAUGGCUCUGACGAGCCCCCGCGAGGUUCCAGCAUGCUGCCCCCCAUGUUCCGGCCCCAGAGGCCCCAGAGCACCAGCCAUGACCUCCAGCAGCACAAGGACAGCCUGGGCCGGGCCACCUGCGAAAACCCCAGGAAGUUCCACCACGUGGAGAAGAGCGCUUCGUGCGCCCCGCUUUGCACCCCUGGGGUCGACGUCUACUGGAGCGGAGACGACAAGCAGUUUGCCGUCAUCUGGAUCGCCAUCUGGUCCGUCCUCUGCUUCUUCUCCAGCGCCUUCACCGUCCUCACUUUCCUGAUAGACCCCCAGCGCUUCAAGUACCCCGAGAGGCCCAUCAUCUUCCUGUCCAUGUGCUACUGCGUCUACUCGGUGGGGUACAUCAUCCGCCUCUUCUCUGGGGCCGAGAGCAUUGCCUGCGACCGGGACAACGGCCAGCUCUACGUCAUCCAGGAGGGCUUGGAGAGCACUGGGUGCACCCUGGUCUUCCUCGUCCUGUAUUAUUUUGGCAUGGCCAGCUCCUUAUGGUGGGUGAUCUUGACUCUGACUUGGUUCCUGGCCGCGGGGAAGAAAUGGGGCCACGAAGCCAUCGAGGCCAACAGCAGCUACUUCCACUUGGCAGCGUGGGCCAUCCCAGCUGUGAAGACCAUCAUGAUUUUGGUGAUGCGGAGGGUGGCGGGGGACGAGCUGACGGGCUUAUGCUACGUGGGGAGCAUGGAUGUCAACGCUUUGACUGGGUUUGUUCUGGUCCCCCUAGCUUGCUAUCUCAUCAUCGGCACCUCUUUCAUUCUCUCUGGGUUUGUGGCCUUAUUCCAUAUCAGGAGGGUGAUGAAAACCGGCGGGGAGAACACAGACAAACUGGAGAAGCUCAUGGUCAGGAUUGGGGUCUUCUCCGUCUUGUACACGGUGCCUGCCACUUGUGUCAUCGCCUGCUACUUCUAUGAGCGGCUGAACAUGGAUUACUGGAAGGUCCUGGCCACACAGCAGAAGUGCAGAAUGAACAACCAGAGCAAACUUUUAGACUGCACCAUGAGCGACUCCAUCCCGGCUGUGGAGAUUUUCAUGGUCAAAGUGUUCAUGCUGCUGGUGGUGGGGAUUACCAGCGGGAUGUGGAUCUGGACCUCUAAGACUCUCCAGUCCUGGCAGAGUGUUUGCAGUCGGAGGCUAAAGAAGAGGACUCGGAGAAAACCUGCCAGUGUGAUCGCCAGCAGCGGACUGUACAAAAAGCCUCAGCACCUGCCGAAAGUCCACCAUGCAAAAUAUGAAUCGGCUUUGCAGCCGCCCACUUGUGUAUGAGCAGAAUGUAUUCUAAAUAAUCACGAGAACAAACGGUGUAACCCACUUAGAGAGAGACUUACAAUGCUCAUGAUAGCAGUCAGAACUAAAGCGGAACAGAAUAAUCAGUUUUAAAAAAUAAAAUGGUGCUUCUAA